AUGGGUCGCUGGGGUCACCGUCUUUUCGAAAGUGACCAUGACAUUGACGUUGCCGGCGAUCUGGGCGAAACUCUCAAGGGCAAUCCCCUCCAACUGAGCAGAAUGAUCCACCAAACCGACAUGCUAGCCCCUCAGGAAGCUCGAAUCUUCUACCAAACCGACGAGUACAAGAUUAUCCUCGAACAGACAGUCGCUGAAGUCCGCGCCCAGCUCGAUUCGGGUCUCGGAGACUGCUUCUUCGAAAAAGUUCGCGCCCACGCCAAGAAGAACACCUUUGACGGCCCAUACCAAAUCAUCAUCGCUGGGGCCCUCAUGAUGCGCGCAGGUGCCAAGAUCAGGCCCAAGCAUAUCCAGUACCUCCGCGGGCUGGUUCCCACCAUCCACUGCAACCAUCGCUUUGCCCUGCCCAUCUUUGACCUGGGAUUCCGUGAGCCAGGUCGGGUUCAGUUCCUCAAUGCCUUGGAUAACUAUGUCGCUGGUACCCCGCGCGACUUUCAGGCGCCCAGCUGCUUCACGUGUGGCAAGAGCGAGGUUGAUCUUGGAUUUGCUCCCAAGAAGUGCUCCCGCUGCCGUGGUGCCUGGUAUUGUUCACAGAAAUGCCAGAAAGCGCAGUGGGCCAACCACAAGCCUGCUUGCAUCCCCCUUGAGAAGAAGUUCUCGCUCAAUGUCUAG